AGCUAAAUCCAAUCGGACUCGAGCUACCAUAACUACAAGAGAAGAAAAACACUCGCAAACUUCCAAGCGGGGAAGACGACGAUGGGCAUGGGGUGGAAAGCCGUGAACGACGCCAAGCCGUACCUGGCGAUGGUGCUGCUGCAGGUGGGGUUCGCCGGGAUGUACAUCGUCGCCGUGGCGUCCCUCAAGCGCGGUAUGAGCCACUUCGUGCUCGUCGUCUACCGAAACAUCGUCGCCACCGUCGUCAUGGCGCCCUUCGCCCUCUACUUCGAGAGGGGACUGAGGCCAAAGAUGACAAUCACCAUCUUCAUCAAGAUCAUGGGGCUCGCAUUACUCGAGCCUGUGCUUGACCAGAACCUCUACUACAUGGGCGCGAACCUGACCUCGGCGGGGUUCGCCACGGCGCUGGUCAACAUCCUCCCGGCCGUCACCUUCGUGUUGGCGCUCAUCCUGCGCAUGGAGAAGGUGCGGCUGCGGAGCUUGCACAGCCAGGCCAAGAUCGCCGGCACGGUCCUCACGGUGGCCGGCGCCGUGCUCAUGGUCCUGUACCACGGCCCCGUCGUGCAGUUCCCGUGGGCCAAGGGCCAGCACCACGCCGGCAGUGCGGCUGCCGCCGCCGACGGAGCGGCGUGGCUGAAGGGGACCAUCAUGACCAUCGCCGCCUGCGUGGCCUGGUCGUGCUUCUUCAUCCUCCAGUCCAGCACGCUCCGGGACUACCCGGCGGAGCUGUCCCUCACGGUGCUCAUCUGCGGCGUGGGCUCGGUCAUGAGCACCGCCGUCGCCGUCGUCGCCGAGCGCGCCAACACCCAUGCUUGGGUCAUCGGCUUCGACACUCGCCUCUUCACGGUCGUGUACGGCGGCAUAGUGUGCUCCGGCGUGGCGUACUACGUGCAGGGCAUCGUGUCGAGGCAAAGAGGCCCGGUGUUCGUCACGGCCUUCAACCCGCUCUGCAUGAUCGUAACCGCCGUCAUGGGCUCCAUAAUUCUGAAAGAGGAGAUCACUCUCGGAAGUGUGAUUGGUGCAGUGAUCAUCGUGGUAGGUCUCUACUUUCUCAUCUGGGGCAAGAGCACGGACGGCAUCAGCCAAGUUUCCGACGUCAGUGUCAAGGGCGCCGGCGAGCUGCCCUUAACCACGGCGACCAACGGCCACGGCAGCGACAGCGGCAAGCACGUGCUUGGCAACGGCAAGGGCGACGUCCAUGUCUUGGAUGUUGAGACGCCGACGACCAAUGGCCACUAGCUCAGUAGCUACUAGUUAAGGGAUCGACAGGAGUAGCGAGUAGCUACGUCCUAUACGUCCACCAUCGUCCAUCGACGAAUAUGUCUGCCUUUUUCCCCUGGUAUGUAGUGCAUGGUCCAUGGAUCGAUCAUGCAUGAAGAUGAAUUUUGUUCUCCAUUUUCCUCUUGUCAGCUUUUCCCUAGCGACGAUCCUAUCAUGUGACUAUGCGAGACAGUGAGAUCGAGUGAGCAAGUGCUAAUUAUA